CUGGAUGGAUGGAUGGAUGGAUGGGAGAAAGUAGUAGUGACAAAGAAGUGGAUUAGCCAGAUCGAGCGAGCGCACAACGCUCCCCCGUCCGUUCUCCAUCACCUCGACGAGCCCGCGACACGGACGGAACAGACGAGACGAUGCGGACGACUGCCACAGUGCCGUUGUAUGCGAGAGCGUUGAGCCUCCUGGGCGCGGCGGUGCUGGUGACGGGUGCGCCGGGCCAUCUCUUUGCACCUCAGCAGGUGGUACUGUCUCCCAACGGACACGAGGGCGAGCCGCACCCGGAGUGGGGGCCCCUGGAGCACUGCUCGGGUAUUGCGCCGUACCACGAUGCGCCCGGCGCCAACAUCGAGCCGCCCGCCGGCUGCACAGUGACCUCGGCUGCCUUUCUCAUCCGCCACUCGAGCAUCUAUGCAAACGACGACGAGUGGGAUGACUACAUGCGGCCCUUUGCCGAGCGCGUCGCCGAGGCAAGGGACGCCUUUGGCAGCAGCAGCGGAAGCAACGACGACGAGAACAAUGCGCUGUCCUUUUUGCGCGACUGGGAGUGCCCCAUCAACGACGACAACCUCGAGCAGCUGACGGGCCCGGGCGAGCAGGACGCCCACGACUUUGGCAAGCGCUUCCGCAAGCUGUACCCGCACCUGCUCCCGCCGCGCCACCCGGGCCCCGACAAGAGCAAGAGCAAGAACAGGAGCACAAGCACGAGCACAAGCACAAGCAAGGUCAAGACGCCGUUCAAGGUCUGGAGCGCCAGCUCGGAGCGCGACAUUGGCACCGCAAAGGCCUUUAUCCGCGGCGCCUUUCCCCACCGCCAGGAGGGCGACGACGGCGAGGGCGACGGCAAGUACCUCGAGCUCGUCGAGGUGCCCAACAAGGAUGCCGACUGGUCCGCCUCGCUGACGCCGCAUAAGGUGUGCCCAGCCUUUUCCAAGGAGCCGGGCAAGCCCGAUGCGCGCGCCUGGCUCGAGGUGUGGGGCCAGGCUCCCCUCGAGCGGCUCCGGUCCCUCGCUCCAGCCUUUGACUUCCGCCUCGAGGAUGUCAUUGCGAUUGCCAUGCUGUGCGGAUACGAGAGUGUGAUCAAGGGCGUGGGCAAGAGCGACUUUUGCUCGUACAAGAUCCUGUCCGAGGACGACUACCACAGCUUUGGCUACUGGAACGACCUCAUCUACCACAAGAUGGUCGGCUAUGCCAGCCCCGUCGCGCCGUACCUCGGCGUGCACUGGCUCAACACGUCGACCCACAAUCUCCUCUCGCAGGGCGGCGGCCGCAGCGAUGACAACGAUGACCACGAUGACCACGAUGAUCGUCAGGCCGAGGACAGGGUCGAAACGCGGGGCAAGAAGGACCCGUCGCUGCCAGACCCGGACCGCCCACCUAACUCGACGCACAGCACGCAAAAGAUGUUUGUCUACUUUACCCACCGCGAGGAGCCGCCGGUGGCGCUGGUGGCGCUGGGCCUGUGGAACCAGACAAAGGUGGGCGCCAUGCCGACGGACCGCAUCGCCAAGGACCGCAUCUGGAAGACGUCGCAUGUGCUCCCCUUUCUCGGGCACGUCGCCAUUGAGCGGAUGAACUGCAAGGCGGCAGCAACUGGGAAAGAUGAGGCGGGAAAGCAGCAGCAGCAUCAACGGGGCGCACGGGGCGGCAACGACUACAUCAGGACCGUCGUCAAUGGCGCGGUGCAGCGCAUGGACGACUGUGACGAUGGGCCUGGACACUCGUGCCCGAUCAAGCGCUUUGCAGAGUACGUCGAGGCGAGGAUGGAGCAGUACAAAGACUUUGAGUCUGCAUGCCGGGUCGACGACGACGAGUGAUCUCUCCCCUCUUCCUUCUUCUUCUUAGAGAAACUUCUCGCAUACAGUUUGAAAUAGCCAGCCGUGGCAGCGUCAUUGAUAGACUCGUACAACGCAGCUCGUCCUGUUCUGUAAUCCUACAUCACGUUUUUAGAGAGCAAGAGAGAGCAAGAGAAAGAAGACUUCUGUCUGAUGGUCCUGCCAGCCCGUG